AUGUCUACACCACCAACCCACCCACAACCUGUAAACCAACCUGACACCGAAAGAGAAAUGGAAGAAUUUAUGAGCACCGCAAUUAGAUCAAUCGUUAAAUACGAUGGAUUUAACAGCUCCGCUAAUAGUCAAGCUCAGGAAUAUCUUGUCACAGGAGUGCUCACUGCACAGGAUAAAAAUUCAUCGACGGAUCCUUUGGCGCGAGCGAACUUUUUCAAGCAAGGGUUCGAAGAAUUGCUCAGUGCGUAUGAGGAGUUGAAGUGUGUGGUUGAAAAGUGGGAAGGAAAAUUGGUAGGCUUCAAAUGGUAUGGGGGCCCUUUCGGUAUAUAA